GACAAACGAAAGAACUCGCCGUCUUUCUUCAUAUAACCUUAUCGUCGCGAUAGAAUAUUGUUCAUGAUCCUUCUCCAAUCUCCUCCAGGAAUGCCCUUAGAUUCCGAUCCGACGACCCUCUCUCCUUCCAUUCUGCCGCCUUCCUCCUCACCCCGUCGCCUCGAUCACCCGUCCUCACGGAGCUCGGCAGUCACCCCCAUCCCCCAGGUGACCUCCGCCGGCCUCGCGUUCGUCGCCUGGUCCUACAGCCGCGGGGCGCCCACCAUCGGAACGCCGCAUGAUAGGCUCACCGCGGUAUGGGACAGCGCUUUCACCGGCGAGCACCACUCGACCACCAGACCUUGUUCCCCUCCUCCCUCCAGCUCCGCGCCCGCCUCCUACCUGUUGUCUCGCCGUACCACCAACAGGUAUGGCCGCCUCUUCUGCGCCAGGCCCGCUGAGAGUUCCACCAGCUCCCGCUUCGUGAAGUAGUGCAAGCUUCCGAAGGAGACGUACACCACCGACCGCUGCGGCUUCGAGUCCAGCCACUCCACGUACCUCUUCUCGUCGGGCUUGCCGGUGCUUGGAUCGGACUCUUUUAGGUUAGUGCUGGCAGCGAAUGGCCAGGAGGGGAUCAGUGGCCCUAUGGUCAGCAGGUCGAUCUCGUCCACCGCAGAGAGAGUGCAGGCUCCAAGUAGAAGUCCGAGUCUACUGCUAGAUAAUGUUCAUGAGAGUUUCCCUUUUUCAAUAGCGCUGUCAUGGAAAGGAUCUGCCCCUGAUUCUCUGACCAUUGGUUCAGAAAACCAGCAGAGUUCAGUUGUUUUUCCGAAAGGGAAUCCAAUCCCAAGUGUCAAAGCUCUUGCAUUUUAUAGAUCUACUACUUUCACAGUUGAUGUUGUGUAUGCUGAUGUGGGUGAUAUGCAAGUUCCAGCAAAAAUUAGCACAUACACAAUUAGUCCUUUCCGGACCAGCAAAGACGAGCGUGCUAAGUUGAAAGUAAAAGUUUGGUUGAAUCUCCAUGGAAUUGUUUCUAUUGAGCCAGCCACUAUGUUGGAAGAAGAGGAAGUUGAAGUUGCAACAUCGGAAGUGGCAGAGCUGACAAAGUUGAAGUUUCGGAAAAGAAGGGCAGGAAAACCAUUGUGCCUGUGACUGAGUUGCAAGAAAAAUGCCAUGGAGGCAUAUGUGUACAAUAUGCGAAACAAGCUAUAUGACAAAUAUCAGGAUUUUGUAACGCCAACAGAGAAGGAAGCCCUUAUCAUGAAGCUUCAGGAAGUUGAGGAUUGGUUGUGUGAAGAUGGAGAGGAUGAAACAACGGGUGUUUAUGUUGCUAAGUUGAAGGAGCUCAAAAAGACAGGUGAUCCGGUCGAAGAGCGUUACAAGGAAUGGACAGAGAGAGGUCCUGCCAUUGAUCAACUGGCUUAUUGUAUUAAUAGUUUCAGAGAAGCGGUUUUGUCCAACGCUCCCAAAUUUGAUCAAAUUGAUUUAGCUGAAAAGCAGAAGGCAAUGUCAAAAAGUAUACUUGCUUUCGCACCUGACCAGGUUUUGUUUUCUGAGAGCAUUCCUUUUGUCAAGUGAGCUCCUGCAGUUACCUGCCUUCAGUCAUAGAUAGGAAAAUAUUUAGAAGCAGAUGGUCGUAAUAUUUAGAAGCCUGUGUUGGAUAAUUUCAAGAGGAGACAUCCCUUUUGCUUGCUGUAUAGCGGAUAUGGGUAACUUUAGAAUUUCUUUUAUAUGGUGAUGCGGGAAACCAAACCUGCGUCUAAGUGAAGAUUUGAGAUAACCUCUUUUUCUCAAUCUUGUAGCUGCAUAGAGGUCUAGAGUCUAACAGUGAUGAUAAAAACUGUGGUAAUAUACUUGGUUUGUUGAUUUGUUGAACAGGUAAUAAAUGAAUGUGGAGAAGCAGAAAGCAUGGUUAUGGGAGAAGAAACAGCAGCAGGAUGCUUUACCUAAAUAUGCCAAUCCAGUUCUUCUUUCUCGAGAUCUAAAGAGAAAAGCUGAGACAAUAGACAGGUCUUGCAAGCCGAUAAUGACAAAGCUGAGGCCACCUCCAGCCAAGCCACAGCCUUCUCCAACUGAGACACCACCAGCUCAACCUCAAACCGUUGAGCAGCAGCAGGUAACCGAUGGAAGCAGUCCGACACCACCUACAACAGCUUCCGAGCCGAUGGACACUGACAAAUCGGGGGGGGGGUGAACCUGCAGCGUGAAGCGCCUCUUGAUAUUAUGAUGUGAUAGUUUAAAAGUGAUAAGGGAUCAUACAAUUUCAUCGAUCGGUCAUUGGUGUGGUCCACAGGCUCACGAGAGAGCAUAAGAGACCUGAUAGACUUACGAGUCCUUGGUUCUCGUUCUUCAACCAAUGUGCAACCAAUGUGAGAUUAAAUUGAGAUUAAAUUGUCUUAUGUGUAAGCUUUGAGUCCUCUUUUUAGUGUCAUUCUGAUAAUUGACCAUUUGGUCAAUCGACCAUUGGUGCGACUCGUCGACUCGUAAGAAAUUAUUCGUUUUCCAUGAUGGGUAUAUCUAUACAUUUUUGUCUUUUUCGAAUAACCAUCCAGGAAUAUA